CUUCGUUCUCGUAAUUUUGCCAGUCAGCCAUUUUGUUUAUUUUCAUGUGAACUUGGACUGUGACUUGUGACUAAUAAAAUAAUAAUUUAUUAUUAAGAUUUGUGGGAUAAUUCAUUAAUAGAAAUAUAUAUGGUUGCGUUGUUUCCCCUGGAAACAGGGGGUGAAGAAAUCCGCAGACAUUGGGCGCAUCGCAAGUAAACCCGUCAAACUUGCCGUGUCGGGUAAAAACCAUAGUUCAGAGGAUCGUGUGGCCGCUAGCAUAAAAAAACUCAAAAUUCAGAAUAUUUCUAAUAAAUCUAAUCAAAUUUUAGCUAACGAUAAUAUGAACCACGUGAAUGAUACAGUAAAUCAGAACAAUGAUGUCGAAGAAAUGGACACACAAGAGGUGGAGACAGACGCUGGUAACGACAACGGAGCCAUUAUGGAUAGUCAGACAGUAAACGGGGAAGUACCAGACCAGGUCAUCCACGACGCGGACAUGGAAGAAGACGAGGCCCGGUCUGAAGCCACUUUCCGCUAUGUUGUGACGAACUUUAGUAAGCUGAAGGAGUCCCAACUAUCCCCGCCUUGUUAUGUGCGGAACUUGCCAUGGAAAAUCAUGGUAAUGCCACGCAUCUCUCCGAUGCAAGAUCGGCAACAACAGAGAAGUUUGGGAUUUUUUCUACAAUGUAACGGAGAGUCGGAGAGUUCUACGUGGAGCUGCUAUGCAAACGCAGAACUGACACUUAUUGCGCAGAAAGAGGGAGAGGGCAUCAACACUUUCUGCAGAAAGAUCCAACACUUGUUUUACUGCAAGGAGAACGACUGGGGCUUCAGCCAUUUCCUGGCCUGGAAUGAUGUGUUGGACCCAGAUAAAGGGUACAUCAAGGAUGAUACCAUCAUACUGGAGGUGCAUGUGGUGGCAGAUGCUCCUCACGGUGUCAGCUGGGACUCCAAGAAGCACACUGGCUAUGUAGGGCUGAAAAACCAGGGUGCUACCUGCUACAUGAACUCCCUUCUACAGACUCUUUACUUCACAAAUCAACUGCGCAAGGCUGUGUACAAGAUGCCUACAGAGAGUGAUGACAGUAGUAAAAGCGUUGCGCUAGCACUACAGAGGGUCUUUCAUGAGCUGCAGUUCUGUGACAAGCCAGUCGGCACCAAGAAGUUGACCAAGAGCUUCGGCUGGGAAACACUCGACUCCUUCAUGCAGCAUGAUGUGCAGGAGUUCCUUCGUGUGUUGCUGGACAAACUGGAGAGUAAAAUGAAGGGGACUUGUGUGGAAGGCACAGUACCGAAGCUGUUUGAAGGAAAAAUGGUGUCCUUCAUUAAAUGCAAGAAUAUUGACUACCAGUCUACAAGAGUGGAGACGUUUUAUGACAUACAACUCAAUAUCAAGGGCAAGAAGAACAUUGCUGAGUCGUUCCGUGACUACGUAAAAGCAGAGGUUCUGGACGGGGAUAACAAGUACGAUGCUGGUGAACAUGGGCUACAGGAUGCAGAGAAGGGUGUUAUUUUUGCCUCAUUCCCACCUGUUCUGCACCUGCACCUCAUGCGAUUCCAGUACGACCCUGUCACAGACUGUUCUGUCAAGUUUAAUGACAGGUUUGAAUUCCAGGAGAAAGUAAACCUCAAUCCCUAUCUGCAGACACCAGAAGCCACGCCUGCGGACUACACCCUACACGCUGUGCUGGUACACAGUGGAGACAACCACGGAGGACAUUACGUCGUCUUCAUAAAUCCUAGAGGUGACGGCAAGUGGUGUAAGUUCGAUGACGACGUUGUAUCACGAUGCUCCAAGCAGGAAGCUAUAGAGCAUAACUAUGGUGGACAGGACGAUGACCUCAACAUGACAGUGAAACAUUGUACCAACGCCUACAUGUUGGUCUACAUACGAGACUCAGAGCUGCAGAAUGUACUACAAGAAGUCACCGAACAGGAUAUACCUGAGGAGUUGGUGGAGCGACUGCAGGAGGAAAAGAAGAUGGAGCAGAUGCGGCGGAAGGAGCGGAAUGAGGCCCACCUCUACAUGACGGUGCAGGUGCUGCUGGAGGAUAGCUUCAGUGGCCAUCAAGGCAACGACCUGUACGAUCCAGACCGGGUCACUUACAAGGUGUUUCGGGUAAAGAAGACCUCCACAUUGCAGGAACUUAUGGACCACUUUGCUGAUGCCUUUAAAUACCCAGUUGAGCAGCUGCGUAUCUGGCCAUUUGGCGUGAGAUCCAACCAGACCUGUCGGCCUACGCCACUGGACUUGGAGGCAGAUCUACACAAAAACGUCCAGGACAUCUCGGAGAGCCAGAACCCUUGGAAUGUGUUCCUGGAGUGUGUGUCACCAGACUCCGGUCUUACCACGCUUCCGCCAUUCGACAAGGACUCCGAUGUCCUCCUGUUCUUCAAGAUGUAUGAUCCUAAGGCAAAGCGAAUUUACUACUGUGGACACCACUACAUGCCUGUCAUCUCCAAAGUCCAGGAGCUUAUACCUAUGUUGAAUGAGAGAGCUGGAUUCCCUCCCGACACAGAGCUUCUUCUCUUCGAAGAGAUUAAACCGAACCUAGUCGAGAGAAUUACGAAUUUCAAUGAACCGCUUGAAAAGGAGUUUCGAAUUAGGCAUCAUGCAAUGAGAAAGGAAGCAAGGGUGAAUUUUCUUCAGGGAACCUUUGAUCUAAAGGACACACCAGACUCUUACUUGCAUGCUGACAUGGUGUUAGAAGAGCUGAUGGACGGGGACAUUAUAGUAUUCCAGAAGAAGCCAAGAGAGAACAGAAGACACCUACCAAACGCCACCGAACCCGAGGUGUCCACAUGUCGGGAAUACUUCCGAGACCUGUUUUACCGGGUGGAGGUGACGUUCUGUGACAAAAUGAUUCCCAACGACCCCGGCUUCACCAUGGAACUGUCCACAAGAAUGAACUAUCAACAGCUGGGGUCAGCCGUUGCGCAAAGGGUCGGCACUGAUCCAGCACGCCUACAGUUCUUUAAGACGCAAACGUAUAAGGACAGCCCCGGCAACGCAUUGAGGUGUACAUUUGAAGGCACGCUGAAAGAUCUCCUAGUGUUCUCCAAACCGAAAGGUGUCAAGAAAAUUUACUACCAGCAGCUAUCGAUACCUGUGUUCGAAUUUGAAAAUAAGAGAACUUUCAAGUGCUUCUGGGUUGGUCCCAAAAUGAAAGAGGAGAAGGAACUAACAUUGUACCCUAACAAAAAUGCCAGUGUCGCGGAACUCUUGGAGGAGGCUAAGAAGGUAGUAGAGCUAUCACCUGAUGGCUCAGGAAAACUUAGAUUAGUAGAAAUAAACAGCAAUAAAAUCAACCUUGGACCAAAGGAAGAUGCGUUAUUAGAAACGUUAGUGGGUGCUCAAAAUACAACAAAAAUGUACAGGAUAGAAGAGAUUCCCAAAGAUGAGUUAGAGAUUGCCGAAGAUGAAUCAUUGAUUCCAGUCGCGCAUUUCUAUAAAGAUAUCUUCUCCACAUUUGGCAUCCCGUUCCUAAUCAAAGUGAAACAUGGAGAACCAUUUUCAGAUGUCAAAGAAAGGAUUGCGAAAAAAUUAGGUAUUCAAGACAAGGAAUUUGAAAAGUUCAAGUUCGCCAUCAUCUCGUUGGGACGAGCACAGUUCAUAAACGAGGAGAACGAAGGCUACAGCAUCAACCUACAGGACUUCAGGCCCCACUACGGUCAAGGUGGAGCCACGUCCAAGCCUUGGCUCGGUCUAGAACACGUCAACAAGGCUCCGAAACGUUCGCGUUUCAACUAUCUUGAGAAAGCAAUCAAGAUUUACAACUGAACCGACUCUUCUACUAAUUUAUUUAUUUUAAUAAAUUAUUAAUUUCCCCAAUCUCUCAAUUCGCUUCUGUUUUCUCAGUUUACACAGGCCUACAAGCAUGGCAGAGCCGUGCUUGGCUCAGUUCAUUGUAAAAACUAAUUUCAAAUCACUCGUACUCAAGAGUUAGGUUUUAAUGUGCCACUUGCAACUAAUAGAAAGGAAUUGAUUUAUUGUUCGUUUUUGUGCUGAUUUGUAUUUAUUUUUUGGAAACACUUCCUGAAAUGUUUAUAAAUUAAUAAUUUUGAAAUCUAUGAAGUAGUGGAUAUAAAACAGUUAAUUAUUUUUAAUAAAAAUAAAAUAUUAUCGAAUUUGUUUCAUAAAUGCAUAAAGUAUUAUUUUUAAAGCAGUCAUAACUUUUUGAUAUAUUGUAAGUUCUGUAUAUUUUUAAUCAAGGUAUUUUGCUGUUAAUUGCUUCAAUACGGAACAAAAUACUUAAAAUAUUUAUUGUCAAAUAUUAUUUACUUUUAGAUACAAACUGUUUAAAAACUACCCUUCUACUGAAUUGUUGACAAAUUCUUAUGUAGUUGAAUGCAUUACCACUCAUAAAAUAUUUAAAACCAAUAAACUCAUAAUUUCUUUCAAAUAGUUUUAAUGUACAUUAAUCAACUAAAAUAAUUGAGCUGUUUUUCGACUUGGAUCAAAAUUAAUUGACAAAAAAUUUGUAUAAAAUAAGUUUGGCUAUUAUAUUGUAAAUCUUGUUUUCUGUACUCAUUUAAGUAUACUUUUUAUUUAUGGUUACAAGAUAUGUUAUAGUUUACUUUAAAAUCUUUUAAUUCCGAAUGAAAAUUGUGUAGGAAUUGUAUAUUUUAAAAGGUUUAGUUAUUAUAUUGUUUAAUUAUUGUCUACCAUUUAUGUUCUAAAGUAGUGGUGUAUUUUGCAUUUAAAACUCCAAUGAAUUUUCUAGUAAGAUUGUUAAAAAAAAUCAGCUCUAUGUUAUAAAUUGUUACACUGUAAAGUAUUAGGUUUGCAAAUUUAUUUAAAAUUAUCAAUUUUAAAAUGUUUAUUAAUUUAGUAUCACUUAAAAGGGUUUUAAAUUUAAAUAUUGUUGAUCAAUAAUUUUGUAGUCCUGAGAAAAUACUGAGGACACAAUUAGUCGUGGGAUUACAUGAACACUGGUAGUUUUGAGUGAUUGUUACCAAGUUUUUAUAUAUUUUUUUAAUAAUGCAUGUGAUUUAUUUGUAUAAAUUUUGUUCGUACGAAUUUUAAACUUAUUAUUUCAGGCAACAUUGUUUUUGGGGCCUGUUUAAAAACCUGUUAACUAUGGAUGAAUAGAAAUACUUCUUCCUGUAUAAAGAAAACUAAAAUUUACCCAAUCUGGUAAGGUUUAUUAGAGUGAUUAAUAUUAGUUAAGCUUUAACACAGAGAUGUAUAAUAUUUUUGUAUAAUUUCAAUCAUGAAUUAAAUGAAACUUGCUGUCAGCGGCUCGAAAACUUCACUUAAGCUUUAGAUUUUAAUGUAUUUUGUGAUAAAAGUUUUUUUAGACGGUUUCGGAAUGGGUUGUUCUUUUACUCAUGUAUAAUAAUAAUAGAUGAACUGAAAACUGACUGGAUACAUCAUUAUGUCUUUAUACACUAGAAUAUUUGAUUGCCUAUACACUUAAUUGUCAAAACAUAGCUUCCCCUAUUGAGUUUGAGCAACAACACAAUACAAUGCAGUACAGUAUUACGAACUACAGCCAGCUUCCUUUUUUAACUGUUGUAAAUAAAUUUAUUUCGUGACUUGUGCUGUAUAUAGGUUGGCAUUAUUAAAGCAUUCAAAUGUGUUACUAUCGAUGGACUCAACUUAUGUAUAGGUCAUUUUUAAUGGAUGAUUAAAACAGUUAUUGCCUAUUUCAA